AUAAAACCGCACCAUACUCUUUAUCAAUCCGUUUAUCUUCGGGCUUAAAAUAAAAGACCUUGCAAAUUUGAGCUUAACCUCACUCUUCGCCACUACACCGUUCAUUCAACCUACCGAUUGAUUACCAAUAAUUUUUGUCUUCAUUCAAAGGAAUUUACAUCACGUCACUGUUUGUUUUCUAUUUAGUGUGCAAUUUUACGUGCUCUAGUCCACACCAUGAAAUCUUGAACUUUGUAUUUUUACCCGUUUUACCAACGUUCUGAAAAGUGACAGCUAAAAAUUGCAUCCUCUUCAUAGACCACUGAUUUUCAACGUCAAACAUGGCCGCAGGACAACAUUUUUUUGGUCCUUGGGACUACGUCGUCCUGGUUAUCGUCUUGCUAAUUUCGGCCAGCAUUGGCGUGUACUACCGAUUUACAGGGGGCAAACAAAAAACAAUGCAAGAAUAUCUACUAGCCGAUAAAAACAUGUCCAUAAUCCCGGUCGCGUUUUCUCUAAUGGCGUCAUUCAUGUCUGCUAUAACACUCCUGGGAGUGUCGAGCGAAAACUACACCUUUGGUAUACAAUUCAUUGUAAUUAACAUCUCCUACGGGAUAUUUACACCCGUAGCGGCAUACUUAUACCUACCUGUUUUCUUCAAACUGCAAGCAACAAGUGCCUAUGAAUACUUGGAAAGGAGAUUCGGGAAAGCGUCAAGACUUGCCGCAUCUUUGUCGUAUACUCUGCAAAUGACGCUAUAUAUGGGGGUGGUUCUAUACGCUCCUGCUUUAGCUUUGGAGGCUUUAACAGGAAUCAGUAAAGUAGCAGCUAUAUUGUCUGUCGGGCUCGUUUGUACGUUUUACUCGACCAUCGGUGGAAUGAAGGCCGUGCUAAUAACUGACGUAUUUCAGUCGCUUCUGAUGUUCGCUGCGGUGUUCAGCGUCAUUAUUUACGCGGUCAUCGACAAGGGAAGUUUUGACGAAAUUUGGAAUAUAGCGGAGCGUGGAAAUCGUACAGACCUUUUGAACUUCAACCCUGACCCCACAGAACGACACUCCUGGUUUUCACUAAUCAUAGGCGGAGGGAUAACUUUUUUGUCGCUGUAUGCCGUAAACCAAACCCAAGUGCAACGAUACUUAACUGUCAAAGAUUUAAAAAGGGCGCAGACGGCUUUAUGGUUAAACUGGCCUAUAUUAACGUGCUUAAGUCUCAGUACGUCAUUCUCUGGCUUAGCUAUUUACUCAAAGUAUGCUGCCUGUGAUCCAGUUAAAGCCAAAGUAAUUAAUAGCCCGGAUCAGUUAAUGCCUUUAUACGUGGUAGAUACGAUGGGAGAUAUACCCGGUCUGUCUGGUCUUUUCGUGGCUGGCAUCUUCAGUGCGUCGCUAUCCACAGUUUCAGCGGCAGUUAAUAGUUUAGCUGCUGUAACGAUAGAAGACUACUACAAGCCCUUAUACAAAAGUAUUUUUGGUAAAUCGCUGUCGGAAAAAACCAUCGCUAUACAGUCGAAACUGAUCGCUUUGUUAUUCGGUUUGCUGUGUUUAGCGGUUGCGUUUUUGGCGCAGUUUCUAGGAGGGGUGUUGCAAGCGUCUUUAACGAUAUUUGGAGUGGUGGGUGGACCUUUACUAGCGCUAUUCACGUUAGGGAUGUUUACAACGACAGCAAACGAAAAGGGUUCGUUGUUUGGGCUUCUGUGUGGGAUAAGUUUUGCUUUGUGGAUGGCUUUUGGUAACCCGAAACCACCGCUGCCCGCACUACCCGUCACAACUGAAGGUUGCUCGAGUGUUUUUACCAAUGUAACAGUUGUGGCAGAGCCGCAGCUAACAAGAGCUACAACACAACAACAAGAGUAUUUUUGGUUGUACAAAGUUUCGUACUUAUAUAACGGAGUUUUUGGUCUCUUAAGUACUUACAUAAUUGGUUACGUUGCUAGUUUGGUUAUAAAUAAAAUAAAAGGGGUGUCGACUCAAAAUCUGGAUCCGCAUUUAUUUAUUACGCCGAUCGCAAGGAGGUUGGAGAGGACGAUGGACAUACCGCUGAACACGAAGGAGUUAUCCGAUUCUCAGGAGGAGUUAAAUGGUAAAUAUGAAGUGAACGGGAAAUACUAGUGAAACGAUCUCUUAGUAAAUUUGUAGUGAACAAAAUGGAAUUUAAUUUUUGUACUUAUUUAUUAAAUGAUGUAGCUUAGGUAUGAUCAGGGUCUUCCGUUAGUUAGAAUGUAUGUAUAGGUCGGAUGAAUUAUGCAGCGCAGGUUGUUGUUAAAUAAAUUAUUUUAUAAAAA